CUCAAUAACCCAUCACAAAAAUUUGUCUUUGAUGUUGAAAAAUCCUCUAUAAUCUUAAAAAUGUAUGGAUACAUGGGAAAGAAAGGAAAAACAUUUCUAGGGCUAAACCUUUCCUCAUGUUGUCUGCAAUCUCUAUUUCUAAAGAUCAAAAUUCAUGAAUUUGAGAUGCAAGGGAUUCGCAAUAAUUUGGAUGUGUUUGGGGUUCUAAACUCUUGAAACUCGACAUAAGCUUUUCCCGGUCCGAAAAGCUUCGUUUCAGUGUUAGAACUGAAAGUGGCGGGAAGAGAGAGAGACCCUUGGAUUUUGGAAGCCACAGUAGACUUCGGUUGAGAGAGAGAAUGUAAGACUGCUCAGUUAGAGAGAGAGAGAGAGAGAGAGAGAGAGAGAUGUAGCUCACGGAAAAGGAAAACAACAUUGCCUUCUGGUCAGAGAAGAAUGGCAGCUCUGAGAUCAAUCUCCAAGCACCCAAUUCUUCUCCUUGAGUCCUGCUCUUCCAUGGCUCACUUCAAGCAAAUCCUUGCCCAAACAAUCACAACCACCAUCAUCCAGGACGCUUUUCAUGCCGGAAAACUCAUAGCCUUUUGCGCACUCUCGGACUCACUGAACCUCGAUUAUGCGCGCUUGAUUCUCUCUCUCACCAAAGAACCCACCAUUUUCUCUCUCAACACCAUGAUCAGAGCUUACUCCAAGAGCUCCACACCUGAAGAAGGUCUCUCUCUAUACCACCACAUGAAGAAAACCGGAGUCCCUCCUGAUAAUUUCACCUUCACAUUUCUAGUGAGAACUUGCACUCAAAUUUCAUCAAUUGGGUAUGGAAAAGUAGUCCAUGGAUCAGCUAUAAAGCUCGGUUUUGAGCUUGAUGGCCAUGUAGAGAGUGCUCUCAUCCAUAUGUAUGCGAAUUUUGGCCAUGUUGAAUCUGCCCGUCAAUUGUUUGGUAAAAGCCCGGAUCCCGACAUUGUCGCUUGGACGGCCAUGAUCGGUGCAUGGGCUAAAUGCAACGACCUCGAUCGUGCGAGGGAGUGCUUUGACCGAAUGCCUCGGAGGGAUUCCAUAGCGUGGAAUGCCAUGAUAACUGGUUAUGUCCAUGCUGGUUAUUCAAGAGAGGCUUUGAGCCUUUUUGAUGAUAUGCAAAGAGAUGGGGUGAGGCCUAAUGAGGCCACAAUGGUCUCAGUUUUAUCAGCUUGCUCUCACCUUGGUGCAAUGGAUCAAGGAAAGUGGGUUCAUGUCUAUAUAGAGAAACACAGGCUUAAGCUCACUGUUACACUGGGAACUGCACUGAUUGAUAUGUAUGCUAAGUGUGGGAACAUAGAUAGAGCCAUGGAGGUCUUUUGCAGAAUGCAAGAGAAGAAUGUGUUCACAUGGAGUAGCAUGAUGGGUGGGAUGGCCAUGCAUGGCCACGGCGAUGCAUGCAUCGAGCUCCUUGGCAGGAUGAGAGAGGCUGGUGUAGCCCCGAAUGAGGUCACAUUUGUGGCUCUUCUGCAUGGUUGUAGUGUUAAUGGAUCGGUGGAGAAGGGGCGAGAGUUCUUCAAUCAAAUGGUGGGGGUUUACCGUAUAGAACCGAAAGCCGAGCACUACGGGUGCAUGGUCGAUCUCUAUGGGCGUGCUGGUCUCUUAUCGGAGGCCGUGGGUGUCAUACAUGGUAUGCCAUUUGAUCCCCAUGCUGGUGCAUGGGGUGCUCUUCUUGGUGCUUGUAGGCUUCACAAGAACUUAGUGCUGGGUGAAUAUGCAUUGAACAAAAUUAUAGAGAUAGAGUCCCAUCAUGAUGGGGCUUAUGUGCUUCUAUCCAACAUGUAUGCAGCUUCAAACCAGUGGGAUGGAGUUUCAGGCCUGAGGAGCUUGAUGAGAGAGAGAGGAGUGAGAAAGGAACCUGGUUGUAGUGUGAUUGAAGUGGAUGGGGUGGUUCAUGAGUUCUUUGUGGGAGAUAGAUCACACCCUAAUUUCAGAGAGAUUGAAGCUAAGUUGGGGGAGAUUUGGGGGAGGUUAAGAUUAGAAGGAUAUAUGCCAAACACAACCCAAGUGUUGUUUGAUAUAGAGGAAGAAGAGAAAGAGGACUCUCUCUCUAGGCACAGUGAGAAGCUUGCCAUUGCUUUUGGGUUUAUCAGCUUGGGACCAGAGGUUCCGAUUCGGAUAGUGAAGAACCUCCGAGUGUGCACUGACUGUCACGACGUAACGAAGCUCAUGUCCAAGGUUUUUGGCCGGGAAAUUGUAGUGAGGGAUCGGAACCGUUUCCACCAUUUUAGAGAUGGGACAUGUUCAUGUAUGGAUUAUUGGUGACUAGCCUUGCUCCACCUAACAUUGAUUCCUACUUAAAUUUGGUGGUACAGUUGAUCAUUGAGAGAGAGAGAGAGCAGGAUUCUUGGACCUUUUAGAAGAGAAACAUAUACUAAAUUUAUCCGC